AGAACUGAUCGCUAAAAGAAACUUAUUGAGCGCAUUUAUACAAGUUUAAAACGCAAUUUCGCCUCGCUCUUAACCGCGAUCGAUACAAUGCUUCCAUUAUCAGCUACUCAAAAUAAGAGUAUUAAAAGAUAUUUAGUGAAAAAUACUUUAAUCCUUUGGAAUCUUUAUUUUCCGCUUUAUUUUCCAAAGUAACAGAUUAUGUAGCAUUACGUAAUUCAACCUUACAUUAUCUUAAUAAGAAUAGAGUUUCCUCCAUUGUAAAUAAUAACUAGCAACGAAUGAUAUGACUUGUAAAUUUAAAUAAAGAAAAUAUAUUCAAACUUUAAAACAAAAAACAAAUAUCAUGUUUUGCACCUUACGACGAAAAGAUUUCGUCCUAGUUCUAAGGAUAUUUAAUGCCGUAAGAUAAUAUUUUAUAAAAAUAAGAACAAUCUUAUGUUCCGUAAGAUCGUAUUUUUUACGAUGCAAUUAAUCUCAUUGUAUUUUGGCAGACAUUCAUCAUUGUUUUGGCGCUAUGACUGUCCGUCUAUCUUUUAUACGGCGUUGUUAUUUUGAACGCGUAUGUUUUGGAGCGUUGCGCAAUUAUGCGCCCGAUUCGUGAAGCUUAUUUUCUCGCAAGAGAACCAGUUUUCAUUCUGAAUAAUCCUUUAUUGUAAGCAAUAAAACUUUGAUAACGUUUAAACUGGCAGGUAGGAAACAGUACAACCUUCGAAUUGUAUGGUUUGCAUCAUGACGUUGAAUGUGCAACGGUAUAAAUGCAUAACGGGAACCUCUUUACGGAACGGUUAACAAAGUAUCCUGAGGGGACAGAAAGGGUAGUUUCUAAUUACGAGACUGCGAUAUCAAGCGUUAAUGUCGUUAACCGGUAACGUUAAGCACAUUAUCCAUUUCUUCCGAUGUUCAGCAAUGUUCAGCGAUGUUCCUUGUCGAAAUCGAUGGUACCGUUAGGUGAUCAGCAUCGGUAAGCAUCGUUUCUCUUUGGUUCACGCACGUGCAGUCAGAGACACGCCCGUAAAUCUUACUUCUAUAUCCAUUGUAUAUAAAGUGCGUGUAUCUUCCUUCAAUUUUUAUAUUACAAAAAAAUUUGUUUGUUUCUUACCACGAUACGAUUGAAUUUCCGAUCGAAUAUCUGAAAUAAUCGUUCAGAUAAUCACCCCACCUGUCAUAACUUUUCGAUAACGCGAACGAGCGAGCAUAAUUUUAACGAGACUCUGUAAAACAAUGUUACCUUGGAGUAACGAUGUCUUUUGGUACACAAAAGUAGGAAAAUGCGUGCGUGACGAACGGUGAUUUUGCAACAGCACGAUUGAAUUACCAACAGAUAGAAAUCAAAUACAGUACGGUGUUAUUUCAUGAGACUUUGCCGUCCUCGAACGGAGGAUAUCUUAUUGAUUGCACAUUUAUAUGCCGUGCAAAACACCGUGUCACGGAUUCUGUGUAACGAACUCAUUACCAUCAUUCAGCGUUAAUGAGUUUCGAGCGUUCAAAUGCAAUUAUCAGUCCCUUCGUUUCAACCGAACGCAAACGAAAGAUGGAAUUCUCGCGACGUCUGGAUUCCGAAUUUAGACGAGCGUCAAUGAUAUUUAAAGAAUAUAGAGGAACCGGUUUUUCGAAAAGAAUGAUAAUCGUGCAUAGUUGAGGAAAAACUUGGCUGGUGUGCUGGCAUAGUUUCAAUACACUCGGAACACGUCCCUACGAACUAGACGCACGUUUGAUGACCAUACAUGUUCAUCCCGAUGACCGGGACCAUACGUGGCGUCCCACAUACUCAGAGUUCCAUCGUACUGGCACACGUCGAGGCCGCACCAACGGUAUCGAAACGAUUCAUUAAGAAUUCAAGCUGUCCUUGACUUUUCGACGAUGAUUUUCGUUCCUGUACGAUUGAUCUACCACUACCGGCUGUCCACCUAUGCGACUUGAUACGUUUUACCAAAAAUUUCACUACUUCGUCAGUAGGAAAUGUUAACAGUAUCGAAUCUUUAAGAAACAAUGUCUUCUUCUUAUCAGUCUGCAUGUACAAUCGCGUUUGUUAUGCAAAUCCGACUAACCGAACCUUGAGAAGUAAUAAUUAAUAGCAAGGAUUCGUUGUCACGAAAUUGCGUGUAGGAUAAACAAGAAUUGGAACAUACAAUAGUAGAAGUAGUAUAAUACAAAUGCUAUGUACUACGCGUUGUGUCAUUUGCGCGCGUCAUAUUUAUUUUCGCGUACAUACGUACUCCGCAUAUAGGUUUAAUCUUACAUUACGUAUAUGUGUUGCCCUCCAUUGGAAUAAAUCUAGGUAUUUUUCAGGGUCGUCGAUAGUAUAGACUUCGUGACUUUUCCUAGAGUUUAUAAGAUAUCUAUACUCGUUUCUUUUAACGCUAUUCCUUGAGUCUGAAUAAAAUUACGUUUAUUUGAUUUUUUUAAAUACUUUUUUAUUUACCCAAAACACGUUUUAAAUGAAUUUUGACUUGUAGACUGACCCCCGAAUAAUUCUCAUGCAAGUAUACAAGCAGAUUAUCCUAUACGAGGGGUUAAUUUCGGUCAGGGUAAUAGACGCACACGUUCCUUCUCUGGCCAGUAAUCGUCUUCUAUUAACUGUGAGAAGAGAACGUGUGAAAAAGUUACGCUUUUAAGGUCACCACGUAUUCUGGUGGAGUGAACUGUCACUGAUAUCGAUAUAGGGUACAUACAGAUUAGUGCUCUCGGUAUAUUUGUCGAAUCAUUUUUAGAGUCGUGUUGACGCAUAACUUCGAUAACACGCUUCAGAAUAUCUUCAGUUUAAAAAAAAAAUUCAAAAAAUUGGAAGAACAGUCGUACAGUUUCGUGUCGAUGACGGCGUUUAAUAUUUGACUGGAAAAAUAAACGGUUGGCUAUUCUAGUUAGGGUAGAUGGAACGAGCGACGCACCGAAUUACGCAAUGCCAAUUAUUACAAUGGUUGUCGGGUCGUAGUGGCACGAGUUCUUAUGGUGUGUAGGCUGUUCACCAGGCAUAUCGGCUGGUGCAACAAGUUAUGCAUCGCAGUAAUUGCACGCAAGUAGCUUAUAGCAAGGACAAGCCGCACCUCGCAACGCGGACUACUCGCGGCCUGGUCGACUAUGUACCUAUCGGAGUCGACACGGACGGGUCAUAAGAACGAUUAUUUUUUUGCGUUCGCGCUUGCAAGAAUACCGCCGAUCGAUUAAACUAGUUCCAUCGUUUGAUUUAUCGAACAAGCGAGUUCAAUCGUUUGUUCACCGAGUUAGCGUUUCUAGCUUCCUCUCAACAUUUUGGAAAAGAAUCGAACCGAGCCAUUUCUUAGCCUUUUAAGAACAUUGCUCUUACGUUAUAUCGUAGGCAGAACAUUAUGCAAAUGAUUCAUUCAACUAGUAGCGGCUAGUCAUGCUCACUUUUCGUCUCGUUUUCGUGGAAUGACGCGAACAAGAACAGAAAGGAAUUACGUAGGAUAACAAAGCAGGCAUGCGCACCGUUUAUGAAUGGUUGAUGUUGAUACGCAUACCUGUCGAAGAAAUAUGAUUCACGGUCCUAGAAAUUUUUAUGCGAUAUCUGGCGAUAGGAAAAAUGAUUUGAGCUCUACGUAAUUCUUGCAAGAAUAUCUACGUCAGUAUAUGGUAUACACACACAAUGGCACGUCUAUCGCUGUUUACUGACACGUACAUGCACGUACAUCGACGCAAAAUUUUUAACCUUAUUCAACGCGAUUUACAUUGCUAAUUACGUAGCUAUUUCUAUAACCGCUACUUAUUCCACCGUGAUCCUACGAGCACGAUAGCGUAAGUUAAUUCGUCAGAAUAGUAAUCGUUUGUGCAAAUCGCAACGUUGCUUAAAUUGAUUAGCAGAUAAGGGGGAAAAAAAACAGGGCUUCUUUAGAAAAGAACGACAGCCUUUCGAGAGAAAGGCAAUCAUUACAACACCUUAGAACAUAGCGUAAAUCCUGUAACAAUUUGUUAAUUUAAACGAGUACGGUAGCUAUUAUUACAUUAUUGCAAAGAAUUAUGCCGCGAUGACGAUUGUAUUAUAAGAACAUUAUUUUCAGAAAGUUCAGAUAAAACAGGGUGUGUGUCAGAGUCAUCGCUGUUUUAAGAAGUAAGCUUACGUCAUCGUUUCGACAUUUUACUAAACUUUAUCGUAUAAUUUGUAAAAAUGGCUCCUCUGUUAUACUGCUAAAACUUUAUGAUUCGCAUAAUUUAAUCUUAUUUCAGGAAUCGAUGCUUUUGAAUAUUAAUUAAGAGGAGUGACAAUAGUUGAGCGCGUCGUGAGAAUGGUUAUUAUAGCUGCACAAGUUACUAGCGUAGGAUGUACUUGGUAGCCACUUAGUAAUCGCAUACGAAUAAUGCAUGUGGGUCGUAAGGUUUCUAUCCGAGUUUUCUUAUCUAUGCUUGGACUUGGUAUGUUCAAGUAGUGCUCUCAAUUUCAUUCAAGUAAGCGGUUUUCUACGCGAACGGAUAGCCACGGUCGCGUUACGAAGUGCAAGCAGUUCAGCGUCACAUCCACUUCUGGAUCACAAUCCUUUUCCUUCGCGUCAGAAAUACUUCUGAAUAACGUUCGGCACGCAUGUUUUGUUCCACAUUUAUCCGAUAAACCCAUCUGACCCUUGAUGAUAUUAACCGGGAAUUUGUUUCACGCGAUGUUCCAGUGACUUUUGUCCUCGUCCGCAAAACACUAUCAACGAUUCUCAGACGAUAGAUCUGACAAGGGGAACUAUGCAAGUGUUACCCGCACUUGUUCAUCAAACUUUGCCAGCCUGUAGAGCUCAUCCAGCUGAACACGCCUAUCCUACAGUUCAAAUCCUUGAUUCCCAACAUUUUUUCUUUUUUCUAAAUGAUAAUUUGUCUCUUUUUGAAUAACUAUUACAUAAAAAUUAUCACUAAAAAAAAUGUUACGAAUCAAAGAUUUAAACUGUGGAUCUCUAGAUUGCGAGUUGUAUGCGUGAGUUUGUCAUACUUCGGAAUAGCCGAUGCCGUUUCUUCGAGUACUCUGCUUGUUUUGUUUCGUGCUUUUGCAUCCGUUGUGUUUCAAGUAAUUCGAUCGAAUUAUCAUGAAAACGCGUGAUUAUGAAAAAUCGAGAGGAAAAUUGUAGCAGAAAAGUAGCUGGAAAUAUCUAUCUGUUACGUUCCGUUUCGCUGCUCGUUCACUCUGAUUCUGGGGGGACAAGUGAAUGGGAUUUAGGACACUACCGUCAUUAUUAGGAUCGUUAAUAUUAUGAAACCAUCACCCAUUAGCUCUUCUAGACGCGUAUAUUUAGCGAGGAGACCAGUUGGCUUAGACGUGCCACCAUCAAAAGGUCAAUUAACAGAGUACCUAUUUUUAUGCAGGAAAAAUGGUUAGAAGGUAAAUUGUAUUCUAGAUACUUGAAAAGCGUGUACGGACAAGCGUGUGUCUUGUAAACAUUUGUACUGUUCGAGCUAUUCCUACGAAUAUUAAUAACUCGUAUAAUAUUGCACGAACCAUUGACGCUAGGAAUUCUUAGCUGCACAUUUAUUGCGGUCGACGACGUUUUCAAACGGUGAAAGUGAAAUUCUAUCUUCGGUGCACAGUUCUAGCGUUCCUAUCGUUCGCACUUUCGCGCCCGUUCACUCUUUCACGCAUUCCUGUCUCUUGAACAUUUUAUCUGCAUUCAUUUUGCGUUACUUACGUUUUACUUAAUACUUUGGGUAGAUAUACUGAGACGAUAAAAGAGAUUACCAAAACUUUUUGCGAGAAGGUGGAAACAAGAUCGUCUCUAGGGUGAAGGUUUGAUCGAUUUUGGUAAGGUUUGAAAUGUCCGCGAUACCGUGCACGCAGUAUGGCGGCAAAGAAAAGGAAGAUGCCGAGGAAAGGGGUUAAACGUCCACUCGACUGGACGUUAGUCGACGAAAAUAUCGAAGAUGUGGAACGGGUAAAGCUGGAUGCCGAAACGCAACGAGAACUGGGCUGUUUGGUCGGCGAGCACGUGUUCCUCGAAUACCCGUGGGCGUACGUGCAACGAGAUCUCGUUAUAAAUUUCUCUAAACUAUCCGAAUCGUCUCUGGAAGAGUUUCAAGAAAAAAUUCUCGCCUACAAAUCUGACACGUUUCUUCUGGGCUACGCUUCAACCCAGUUGAUUUCCGACGAAUUUGUGAUUUGCCUUAGCGAGCACGCGAAACGCAUUGUCUGCGAGCGAAACAGAGAUAUCUCGAAGGCAAUCUGGAACAAAGUUGCGAAUAAAGUAAGAAAAAAGGCGAAUUACUGGCAGUCUUUGGGCAGCGAGUUGGAAGUGGAAGAAACUUUUGUGAAAAACCUCAGGGAAUUGUUCGAAGUAGAAAUUGUGUUACCUGGGAAACUGUUGGGUUCGAACCGAAAAUUAUGCGACAGAGGUUCGAACGAUUCUAGAGAUAGCUAUGUGCAACUCGUGAACGCGAACGAGAACUUUGAAAACAUAGACAGAAAAUGCAUUGCUAGAACGGUUCAAACGCAUUUGCCAUCUCGGGAGGCUUUCGUUCAAACGUAUCUUAAGAAUCCUAGAAAUGCAUGGACACAGUAUGUGUACGAAGACACUUUGAACGACGCUUCUAUUCAUGAAGAAGAUCUCGAAGAAAAAUCGGAGGAGAAUGACGAGGAACGAUCUCGAGAAAAAAGCGACAUCGAAGACAAGGAAGACGAAGAAAUACCCAGAGAAAAAACUUCAUUAGAAUUAUUUCUAGAGGCUCGAUCACAGGAGAUGAUCGAGGUUAUCAGCUAUAACGCAGCAGUAAAUUUACACGUGGACGAUGUUCAAAGUUUAUCUCGUCCAGAAUGUAAAAUCGUAGCUCUUCCAAAAGCGAAUACUUUUCGCGAACGAUGCUCGUUCAUUCCCUUCAAUUUUAAAGUCAAUAAAUCUAUUUCAAACGUUUCCGUCCAUCCGAAGUUAACAGAGUACGUAGCAAUUUCGUACAUCAGCGUCCCAACUGGAAGCUGGGAAAAUAAAUUUGCGAACGAAGGCGAAUUUCAAACUAGAGUGCUUCUUUGGUCGUUUCACGAUUCGCUUCGUCCACAACUCAGCCUUCAGGACCACAGAGAGAUUUAUUCUGUUUGCUUUUGCCCGCACGACGACAGUCUAGUGAUCGGAGGCUGUUCUACCGGUCAAGCGAUCGUUUGGAACAUCGAAGAUUAUUUGAGCAGCGAUCGAAAUGACAAAAAUAUAAAAUUUAGAACGUCAUCGCAAAACAACGCGCCUGUAUUUCGUCCGAUUGUUGUUUCGGAUAGACAUCGUUCUCAUUGCCUACCUGUUCGAACGAUUCGGUGGUUGCCUGCCAACUAUAAAGUAGAGCCAAAUGGAAAGUUGACAAAAUCAUCCGUUUCCACGGACGCGCAGUUUCUAACCGCUUCCGAGGAUGGCACGGUUGCCUUUUGGAACCUUUCUCUUAGCUCCAAGUUCCGCACUCUCGUCGAGGACGAGAUUUUUCAACCGGUCUUUCGCUUAAGGGUUCCAAUUUCGAGGCAAGAAUCAGAGAAUGUAACGCUGUUAUGUUUGUGUCUACCAUCGAUCAAGAACCCGAACGAUACGGAGUACACGAGAAGUUUGUGGAUAGGUUGCAGAGAAGGAUUGAUAAAGUGUAAAUGGGAAGAGCAGGCGGAAGAUACAGCAGAGAUCGUCGAAUGUAAGAUCUUAAAUCAUUCGUACGUGCACGACGGUCCAGUUACAGAAAUUACGAGAUCUCCUCAUCUUCGAGAUGUUCUUUUGACGAUCGGUGGACGAGUGUUCGCCAUUUGGAGAGACGACUAUCUGGAUUCUCCGUUAUUCUGGAGGAGGGCUCGUAGGUACACGGUUUGCUGUUGGGCCAACGAACCCGGAGUUUUUCUCCUCGGCACCCGAGACGGUGCAUUCGAACUUUGGGACAUAAAGAACGAAUCGAAUCAGCCGGUGUUUUCGCGAGUCGUAUCAUCGAGAUCGAUCAGCACUCUGAUAUUGUUGGAUUAUCUUGGGUGCAAAGGUUCGAAAAUGAUCGGUAUAGGAGACCAAAAUGGAUUUUUUCACGCGUUCGAAGAACCCGAGAUCUUUCGUGGCGAUCAGACGAUUAUCGAGAGGAUGGAUUGGUUCGAGGAAUACGUGUGGAGAGAAGCGCGAAGGAAAAGAGUUUUCAUCGGUUGGCAGGAGGAUUUUCUUGCCAACGAUCCGGUCAUGAUAGCGAAACGAGCAGCUAGGCGUGACGAAGAACGCAAAAGAGAAGCGGAAAAGACGAGGGAAAGGCUUCGUAGAGAGCAGGAAGCGCGUUUGAAAUUGAGAGCUGAGAAAAGGACUCGCAGUGCACCGAUAUCAAAGGAUAUUGCGUGGAAAUCGAAGGAAUUCGAUAGAAUGAAAGAUGUACUUCUGAGUAAAAAGGGUUUGGUUCCUGCCGAGCUCGAAGCGAAAAGGCUUCCUCUGGUUGUCGCGAAAGCGGAAAGGGAUGCAAAGUUGAAGAGAGCUCAGGACAAAGUUGCCAACCAGGAAGCACACUUUUUGAACAAACUGCUAAUUGAUUUUCCAGAGUUGCUCGAAACGAAAAGGGAAGCUUUGAAAUCCAAAGAAUCGGUCGAACAACAAAAAUCCGUGGACGAUUAUUUGAGAAAAUUUGACGAAAUACGCAAUCGAGCUAAUGAGAUGUUAACUAAAAAUUCGCGCAAUUAAAAAUUCGAUACUUUUGCAUGGCUGACACUUUGCUUCUAUUUAUAUGGCUCUUGGUAUAAUAUGCAUGGCAUGCGCGUCUCCAGCAUGGGUAGGUGCAACCCACUGGUUUCUAUUUGUCGCUGUGACAGCUUUCAUCGC